AUGAGCAAAACGGUACUUAUCCUUGGAGGCUCAUACGCCGGGCUUCACAUUGCCCACGCUCUCCUCAAGAAAUCCCUUCAGGACGUGAAGGUUAUCCUCGUUUCCAAGAACACGCACCUGUACUGGAACCUUGCGUCCGUGAGGGCGAUUAUCCCCGGUCAGCUCAAAGAUGAGGAUAUCCUCCAACCCCUCGAGAAGGCGUUUUCGCGCUACCCGGUGGCAAACUAUGAACUGGUAAUUGGUACCGCCACUGCGGCCGAUUUUGACAAGAAGACGGUGGAAAUCGUGCUUCCCGACGGCAGCGUCACCCACACUCCCUAUGACCAGCUGGUCCUCGCCACGGGUGCGCGCACGUCGGACCCCGAGUCGCCCUGGAAGGCAUCUGGCACCUACAAGGACGUGGUGGAGAGCCUGCACAGCAUCGCCGCCCGGGUCGGCGAAGCGAAACACAUUGUUAUCGGCGGCGGAGGCAGCACCGGCAUUGAAGUGGCGGGCGAGCUGGGUUACGAGUACGGCAAGACCAAGGAGAUUGUACUCCUCACUUCGGGCAAGAAGCUUAUCGGCGGCCACCCGGUCGCGGAUGCGGCGGCCAGUGAGCUGAAGAAGCUCAACGUGACGGUACGGUACAACGCGCUCGUGGAGAAGACGACCCCGUCUGCCGCGACAGCGGGGAAGACGGAGGUCACCCUCGCGAACGGGGAGACCAUCACCACGGACCUGUACCUAUCCACCACGGGGUUGGUCCCCAACGUCGGGUACAUCCCGGCCAAAUACCUCAGCCAGGACAGCCAGCCGUCAGUGAUCGUGGAUGAGUACCUGCGGGUGACGGGGACGGAGAACGUGUGGGCGGCCGGCGACGUUAUCAGCAAGCCGCGGGCCAGCUUCCUCAUCACGCAGAAGCAGGCGGCCAGCGUGGCCAAGAAUGUGGAGGCAGUGCUCACCGAUAAGGCUCCGACAGUGGCAAAGGGUCCACCGGUGGACGUCCUGGCAUGCGCCGUCGGCCGUGGUCGUGGGGUUGGGCGCAUCAACAAUUCGAUCCGGAUGCCGAGCUUGAUGGUGUGGGCUGCCAAGGGUCGCACGCUGGCAGUCCCCAUGCUGAAGAGCUACAUCGAUGGGAGUGUGGCUUAG